AUGUCAGACCCACAUUCAAACCAUAGAAGUCAUAAUGUGAGUAAAUUAGCAAACAGCAAUGUUCACACGCAAAUCAUUGCAGAAUCCAAGCAGGCCCGUGGGCAGGGCUGUAGUUCCUUCCGCGCGCUGCAGAACUACGGCUCCCAAGAAGCUCCGCGGCGGAGCUACCGCCUGUUUACCGGCCGUGCCGGUGCCGCUCCCCGCGUGCAGCUGCGCCACGUGACCGGCCGGGGGGUCACGGCCGCCCGCCUGCCAGGAGCGGCCUUAUCCCGUCCGUCCCGUCCCGGGCGCUCCGACCCCGCGGCGGCAAUGAGAGCGCUGCGCUGGGCGGCCCUGGCUGUGCGAGCGGCGGGCGGGAGGUGGGCGCCGCCCGUCCCCCGCCGCGGUCGCAGCGGCCCCGGUCCGCCCCCGCCGCGGGAGUGGGCGCUGUCGGUGAGCCCGCGGGGGCGGCUGCGAGUGCGGCUGCCGUGCCAGGUGAGCAUCCGCCCCCUGGACCCGCAGCGCUGCCCGGGCGCGGACCGGCUGCUGGUGGCCGUGAGCGGCGGCAGCCCCGGGCGUGGCGGGCGGGAGCGGCAGCCGGUGCGGGUGGAACACGACGAGGCGCUGGGACAGGUGGCCAUCGUGGCGGACGGCCUGGACAGCAAGACCGCCGUGGACGUCCGGACGCCGGUGAAGUUCGAUUUGGAUAUCAAAACAUCAGGGACUGGCUGCGUGAAGAUUCAGAAAAUAGUAUGUGAUAGCUGCAAAAUAGAAACAGAGAAGGGGACUAGUGUCUUGCAGUCAAUAAAGAGCCAUAAAAUUGAUAUACGGACAAACGGUGGCAAAGUAAUUGGUCUUGGAACACUUUAUGGAAAUACAGAUAUUUGUGCAACAGAAAAGGGGAGUGUAAAUAUAGAAAAGCUGCAGGGGACAACCAUCAAUAUAUCUACUGAAGAUGGGCUGCUGAAAACGAAGUAUCUCUAUGCAGAAUCAGCAUCUCUCUCUUCAGAAUCUGGUGAUAUUAUGCUGGGAAGUGUUCAUGGUAAUACCAACCUUCAGACCAAAACAGGGAGUAUCACAGUAGAUUCAUCAGAUGGAAGUCUAAAAGCUUCUACGUAUCAUGGGACAAUCGAUGUUUAUGUCAGUCAAUUAAGAAAAGUGGAUCUGAAAUCCCAGAAAGGUUCAAUUACCGUCAAGGUACCUGCGUCUCUCAAAGCUUAUUUAGAGCUGUCUGGAAGAAAAGUGGAUGUGAGCUCAGAGAUCCAGUUAAAAGAAACACAGAGUGCCUCCAAAGACGAUCAUGUAACUCUAAGUGGUCACAUGAAUCAAAGGGAUGAAACAGACAAAUGGAUUAAGGCUGACACACAAAAUGGCAAAGUGUGUCUUAAAAGCCAAAGCUGGAUCCAAUCUGUCAAGCUGAAGAGUUCUUGAAGGUGAAAUAGGCCAAAGAGAUUAAAUCAAGAAUCUACAAAGGAACAUUUUUGUAAAAUUAUGAAACUUUUUGGAUGAAUAUUCUUAAUAUAAAAGAGAAGCUAUUAAAAUGAGAACAUUUUAACUCAAGAUUUGCCUGUGACAGUGCUGGUGCUAAACAGUCUGGUUUACUUUUAGUGCCUUUUAGGAAUUAGAUGAUCUUACAUAAUCAGAAUUUAUAUAACUUGACCCACUUAGCAUAUCAGUUUAAAAGCUGGUAGCUUUCAAACAAAAGUUUGGAAUUGUCAUUUAAAAAUAAAAAAGACAUUUUCAGCACUUCCAAGACGACAUGCUUUGCAAGAUCUGUUUUACUUUUAAUUUACAUGUCUUAAUACUGUGGGAAUUCUGCUGGUUUAUGCAAAAGGCAGAGAAUUUUCUUCAACCAAAUGCUGUCAUGGAUAGGAAAAAGUCACUUUCAGUGUAGUUCUUCUGUGGUCUUCUCAUUUGAUGUUUGAACCUGGAGCAGUUUCUGCCCGGGUGAUGGAUACUCUGUAAAAAUACUUCUUUGAAAUGGCAGAACUUGUUCCGUGUCAUCCUGAACCUCUGGUUUGUGGAUAGAAAGAAGAACUGAAGCUCUGUCUGCCGCUGCUCAUCUGUGAAGAAAAGCUUUUAAAAUAAAUGGAAGUCCAAUGGAUCUGGCUGCUUUCAAGGAGGAACACUCCUCCAACUGGACUUCGGUGGGGAGUCCACAUGAGCAUUUCCCUGAAGGAAAAGCUGCCAUAGAGGGGAAGCGUUGCCCUGGUGACUGAGAACUGGAAUCUUUGUUUGUAGGGACUUGGAGCCCUGUCCUGCAAAGCUGCCAGGCACCUCUUGGAGGCAGGAAGGCAGAGGAGGGAGGUGAGGGGAGCAGCUAGACCUGCACAAGGGCAGGCCUGAUUUUUGUGGAUGGUUCUGCGUUAUAUGUGUAUUACACAUAUAACACAUUCCAUGUAAUAUAAGCACACAGUAAAGUAAAUGGAGCUUUUAAAAGCCUUUCCAUACCUCUCUAUGGCACCUUAUAAAAGCAGUAGUGAAAUGCAUGGUUUAGGCUGACAUAUAAGAAUCCCUGCCAGCUAAGGGGAUGGCAAGGAGCAGGAAAGAAUUCAGACUGUCAGCUCAGGCUUUAAGUUUUGUAUAUAUGUGUAUGUACUUUCGGUCAUAAUGGUACAUUAUGAAAUUACCUCUCCUUUGCCACAGGAUUCCCCAGGAGCUAUAAUUGCCCCUGGCUAAUGGAUUUCAAGAGUCAAGGGCAGCAUGUCUGCUGUAAUUCAGAAUGGUUAAAAACUCCACUUCCUGUUUACUGUUGUGUAUACUGUUUGUUGAGAUGAGGUGGGCACUGAGGCAUAUGGCAAAUUAUGUGUAUUUUUAAUAUAAACACUAAUAUAUAAAACAUUUCUAAUAGUAUUACUAAAGGUAUUAGAAUAUUAUUAGAUAUGAGUUACUAUAAUUUUGAAAGUCACAAAAUUAAUAAAUUAUAAUUGUUUUGGAUAUCCACAAAAAUGGUUGAAAGUAAUGAUUUCUAUGCCCUGCUGCAGCCAAAGUGAAAAAAGCACCUCAAGAUUCACACCACGUGAAAACAUCAAAAUAUUCUAGUAGGUACUUCACAAGAUUGAAUCCUUUUAAUGGUCCCAUUAUUCACCUGAAAUACAAAGCCUGUCAGCCUCUGAGAUUAAGGUUCUGGUUUUUGGGACUGCUGCAUCAGCAAUUUAAGGCAGAACACAGUAAGAAAACAUGUUAUUUGUUCCAUAUUCAAAAGAAAGCAAACUCAGGCUUUGAAUUCAUUAAUUUUCUAAAUGUAGCAGGAGUUAAAUGGCAGGAUUGUUAGUUACUUGUUUAAAGUUUAAAUCAGCCAGAAGAAAAAUUGUGUUUACCACUAAAGCUACUGAUUAUAUUCAUUCCAAGCUAAUACAUGUUGAGACCAGGUAGAAUGUUAAUAUAAAGGUCAACAAUGAGUUGAAGGACAAAUUCUUGGGAGUUUCUCCAAAGGCAUUGAACAAUGUCUUGUUCCACUAAAAUGAGGUUAAACUGUAUUUUUCUCUAGACAAGGGAAGAUCAGUAGGUUAUCAGCAAUUAGAAUUUGAAUGGUAAAUCCCCCGUGUGCUCAUAUAUCUUUUCUGUCUGAUAAGAAGUCAUUCUUGUAACUGGAGCAUUUAUACUUUAACACUUUUUUCAUCUGUGCUCCCUUUAAUUUGGUUCUUCUGCUCUGGCAGCUGACAGCCAGCCCACAGUUCAGACCUGCAGACACGAACAUCAGCUUGUUUAGACAGUUGGACUCAGCCCAAGAGGCUUUUAUGAGAAUGAGGGCUCUGGGUGCACAAGUGACUGUUGAGAAGUGGAGAACUGUGCUUGAAUAUAUGGGUGUAGUUGUGUAUUAAAGAAUCUGCAGUCACUACCUACUCACUGCUCUCAAUUUCUCAAGAAGGCUGUACUUGAUGAGUACCAGCCACAUCAAGUGUGAAGUUCGCUGGGGAGUCAGAGUGUUUAUGUCCUGGAGAGGACCUCCAUGGCAAACAAGAACCACAAACACAUGCAAAUUUAUUCAUUGCUUACUCUGCAUGGGACUACAAAAACUUUCAUUAUUGAAAGAUGAAGACAGCUUGAAUCAACAUCUGAGAGUUAGCAGUGCUGUCUGAGUGCAGCUGUCUUGCUUGAAGGCAUUCAUACUCCUGUGAGAAAGAUUUGCUAUGCUUCCUUACUAAUGCAACAAAUGGCCUUUUAUUAAAGUGUGAUUAGUUUUAAGAAAAAAUAACACAGUGGUCUUUUUAUGCUCUGGAAUAAAACCCUUGAAUUGUA